CACUUGUCUACACCCAAAGAUUACGAGAGAUAUUGUUAAGCUUCAGGCCAGUAACCCGAUAACAGCAGCAGCAAAUUGGUCACCCUUCUAGAGGCGUCUUAAGCCUGGUGCGUUUGGCGUAAUGCAAACUAUGUUUAGUUCUUCCCAGAAACUGCGUCGACAAUGCGCUUCGUCUUGCUCUACGAGCUAUAACCAAGCGCGCCCUCUGUGGCGAAUACUGUGCGGGCGACCAAGGAAUGUUACUAGGGCAUCGCUGCCCGACGUCUUCAACCUCAUGGACCGCGAGCUGAUGGACUUUGACCGGCAGUUCGUAGCUAUGCAACGACAAAUGGACAGGGACAUGGAUAUGGCACUGAGCCGUGCACGAUUGAUGGAACGGCAGGCGGAAUCCAUUAGGUCGUCGCUGCGGGAAGACCUUCGCCAAGCUCCCAACGUGGACAUCCAACGACAGGAGGAGCGUGGACCGGGAAUGUACCGCUAUUACGAACGGAUACAGAUUACCAGCGGCGGCGGCAGGAGCCUGUCGUACGGCGCCCUUCCAGCGCCCGCCGUCAGCUCCGUCAGCACCACCACGGCCCCCUCCAUCGCCACACCGUUGCUAGUUAGCGCCAUGGUGACGGUUGGCGGCUACGCGGCGCUAACGACAGCCUUCAACCGAAACUACCAGCUCACCACCUAUGCGGAGAGCAAGAGGUGGCUGUUGCUGCUGCUGUGGCCGCUCCUGGUGUUGUUUUCUCCCAAGUUCCGGGAGCAGUUCGUAGCGGCGGUGCAGGGGAGACGUGUGGAGCUUAAGCGGGACGGAAGCGAUGGGGAGCGAAAGUGACGAAGGGGAUUGAAAUAUGGAUGGCUGUGAAAGUGACGAGUAAGAUAGGGCCGGCUGGUGUGUGGCCAGGGGGAGGACAUAGAAGGGAGUGUUAAAGAGGAAAAAGCCACUGACCGAGAGAGAGAGGGGGGCGGUGGAAAACCACGUAGAAGUGGUAGGGUGGUCGAUUGAGAAAGGAUUGAAUAAUUGGAAGAGCGUUUCGGGCCAUCCCGUUUUCGCCACCAUUGCGGUGUUGAAAGUUGCUCAUUAGAUCGUACAUAGAUAUACAAGGUUAGGUUUGCAAAGUUGUUAAAAUACGUAUUAAAUUAAAACGGGUCAGCGAUUCUAGGUCACAGUGUAGCCUGGUGGGCAGCAUGACGGAGGUUGGCACGUUGUUGGCGGGACAUGGAACUCGCAAGAUAACGAACUUUUUUGUCACAAGUUGGAUCUGUACGACAUUCCAUUCUUCCGUAUUACAUGUCAUGCCAUGUAAUUGGCGCAACCAUUACAUCACCCGUGCGAAGGCUUCCACAAAAUGACAUGCAUUAUUGAAACCACCUGUCACCGCCUGCCGAAGUACGAGCCACACUUGAGAACACC